AUGGACCCCUUUGUGCGGGCCAAGCAGACGCUGUGCGAGGUGGGCGGCGCGGCUGUGCGGCAAGCAGGGAGCGCGGCCGAGGGCGUGGGCACAGGCGCGGUGAGCUCGUCGGUCUCGGUCUCCAGCGACAUGGCGGCGGUGCUCGCCGACGUCGCCGCCCACGACGCCACCAUCGACGCCACUGCCGGCCACGUCUCCGCCCUGGCUGCUGCCGUGGACGCCUUUGCCGCAGGGCUAGGUGAGCUCACGGCGGCGGUUGUCAGGCCUUGA